AUGAUGAAAGCGAAGAGGCUUACCGAGAUCUCAGUUCCGCCAGAUAUUAUCUUGAAGGUACUCCAAGAGCUUCCUGUGAAAAGCUUACUGAGAUUCAGGUGCGUUUCAAAGCUUUGGUGUUCCGAGAUUGACAGCCCACUUUUCAUUGAGUCUCACCAAACACGUUCCCAUACUCGGCUGGGUGGUUUGAACAUCCUCCUCCAGGUUCUGGAUUCACGGAAUUUAAGUUAUCUCUGCUCUGCAGAUCCAGAGGGAGGAGAAGCCACUCGCUUUCUCACAGUGCCUUUUAGAGAUUGUCUUAACCCUUUACAGUCUGUUAAUGGCUUCGUCUGUUUGGGCGACCGAAUAAUAAAUCCUAGCACAAGAGAAAUCCAUGUUCUUCCACUCCUAUAUUUUCCUGCUGGAUCGUCAGGAAUAAAUUUAUGGAGCACUUAUUCGUGUAACUAUUUAGGGUUUGAUCCUUCCACUAACAAAUUCAAAGUCUUAAAUAUAUGUCAAAGUCACAAGGGAAGAAGAUUUCGUCAACACAAGGGAGUCCAGUUCAAGAUUUUGACCCUCGGUACACAAUAUUGGAGAGAUAUUGAUUUUAAGAUACAAGGUAAGACAAACUCUGAUCCUUGUUACAUUAAGGGUGUUAUAUAUAUUCUAUUUCGUAUUAAGUCAUCCAUCCAGAAUGUGAUACUAGGUUUUGAAGUAGAACAUGAGAAGUUUCGGAUCAUACAUCUCCCCACUGAUGCGACUGAAAAGUAUUAUACACCAGUACACGUUAGAGAAAAUAUAGCCUUAAUUGAUCCUCAGUACACCACGAUUUGGAUAUUAGAAGACUGUGACAAGAAACUGUGGAAAAAGGAGAACUUCGAGUGUCCACCUAGUUGGAGGAGCAGAUCAGUUAAUUUUGUAGUUAGUACUGUCCAUACCAGUGAGAUACUAUUUUAUGAUGGUAAGUCAACACUGUCUUAUUAUGAUGUGGAAAGUAGAAAAUCGAGAGACUGUGAACUGUCAAACUUCCCCGGAGAUUUAAUGGGCAAAGGUUUCCGCAUCACCAACAAUGUGGAGAGCCUAGUUCGACUGAAGGAGAUGUAA